AUGGAAAAGAAGACUCAACCUAAGGCAAAGAAACCGUCUGUUCCCUACAAGAAGCUUGUGUUGGAAGCCAUCUCUGCUCUGAAUGACAGAACCGGAAGCUCCAUCCCCGCUAUUGAGAAGCAUAUAAAGGAAAACCACCCGGAUAUUGAAUUGAAGCACACGUUUGUGCGUAGAAUUGUGAAAAUGAUGUUGGAUAAUGAGGAAAUUGUGUCUGCUCCCAGACAUAAGAACUCUUACAAAAUUUCAGCGAAUAUGAAGAAGUCUAUCUUGAAGAAGAAGAAGGUUCAAAAGCUGAAGACCUCUAAGAAGGAAAAGAAGGAGAAAAAGGAAAAGAAGGAAAAGAAGGAGAAGAAGGAAACCUCUGAGAAGAAGGAGGAGGCGAAGGAAGAGAAAAAGGAGAAGAAGGAGAAGAAGACCACCACCAAGAAGACCUCCACGAAGAAGGAAUCCACGGAGAAGAAGGAGAAGCCAGCUAAGACCGAGAAGAAGGAGAAGGGCACCAAGAAGGCCUGCGCGAAGCCGCAAAAGAAGGCGGCCACGGAGAAGAAGGCAGCCACGGAGAAGAAGGAGGCAGCCGAGAAGAAGACCACCCCGAAGAAGGAAGCUGCUGAGAAGAAGACGACUCCGAAGAAGACCACCCCGAAGAAGGCAGCCGCGGAGAAGAAGACAACUCCUAAGAAGACGACUCCCAAGAAGGCCUCUCCGAAGAAGGCUACUCCCAAGAAGGAAUAAAGUGAUCUUUACAAUAGUCCAGGUGUUGCUGAACACCGAGCGUUUU